CACAAUCCUGUACAACGCAGGUGCUUUUGUAGAUGAGCCAACAGGCCCAGGGAGGUUAGGCGACUUGCCCACAGCACGCAGCCAGCAGUGGUGAAGGCAGGUUUUGAACCGGCCGGGAUGCAGAAUUCGUGAUGCUCCGACCUGCUCGGUUGCAGGAGUGAAAGCCUGGGAAAUGCUGGCGCCAACGGCCGAGCGCGCAUUGUUUGAGGGCGUUUCCUUGGACGGCCGUCCCGGGGACCGGGUGAAUCUCUCCUGCGCAGGGGUCUCCCAUCCCAUCCGCUGGGUCUGGGCGCCCAGCUUCCCGGCCUGCAAGGGUCUGCCCAAAGGACGCCGCCGGAUCCUGUGGGCAUCUUCGAGCGGGACCCCCACCGUGUCUCCUGCCCAGCCCUUUGCCGGCCGCCUACGAGUCCUGGACCACCCUGGUAUCCGGCGGCUAGAGCUGCUUCUGAGCGCAGGGGACUCGGGCACCUUCAUCUGCAGGGGCCGCCACGAGGACGAGAGCCACACGGUGCUCCACGUGCUGGGGGACGCGGCCGACUGCAGGGGGUCCGGGCCCAGCCUGGGGUCCGUGUAUCCCCAGCUCCUGAUCCUACUGCUGGGCGCCGGGCUGGUGCUGGGACUAGGAGCGUUGGGUGCGGUCUGGUGGCAGCGCAGGCGCUCGCCUCCACGCCCGCCGCGGCCACUCCCCAGAUCUGUCCCACGAGUGAAAGCCGAGCCCCAGAGACCAGCAAAGGCCGAGGAGCCCAAGACUUCGGGGGACCUGGACCAGGAAUCGAGCCUGCUCUACGCAGACCUGGAUCGUGUGGCCCUCAGCCAGCCCUGCCGGCUGUCCCCAGUGGUCCCUGCUGACUCCUCCACCAUCUAUGCAGUUGUCGUUUGAAGGAAAGCCCUUACUCCAAACUUCACAAGCUGGGGGCUCCAGCUCUCCAGAACUACCCUCUCCCUCUUCGACUCUCCCCUGAAAAUGAAGGCACCAUAGGAUAGAAAGGAGCACUAGACUGGGAGUCAGGAGACCUGGCUUCCAGGCUGUCUCUGCCACUGAUCUUGCUCCUUCAGCUACCCCACCUCCUAUGCCCUCCAUGUCUCCUUUACCACUGGUGCCCUCUCUAAAGCUCACCGAGACCUGUUUCCCAUCUCAGCCCUCCAAGAGAGUCGCUCCAUCUCUUCCCUCCCUUCCAGUCAAGCUCCUUGAACCAGGGGUUACACCUGUCUCCUCCAUGUUCUUCUCCUGCACUCUGCUCCCAUGAGGCUGCCAGUGAGGUCCUAAUGGCCACGCCCAGCAGACAUUCUUUAGCAUUCAUCUGGUUUGGCUUUUGAUUACUCCCUUCUUUAAGCUGUUUUUCUUUCUUUGUUUAAAAAAAUAUAUUUUAUUGAUUUUUUUUACAGAGAGGAAGGGAGAGAGAGAGAGAACUAGAAACAUCGAUCAUUUGCCUCCUGCACACUCCCUACUGGGGCUGUGCUCGAAACCAAGGUACAAGCCCUUGACCAGAAUCGAACCUCAGACCCUUCAGUUCGCAGGCCAACGCUCUACCCACUGAGCCCAACCGGUUAGGGCAAAGCUGUUUUUCAUUAAUGCUGAUGUCUUCCUUCUGGACUCCUCUUCCUUUCUCCCUACCGCCAUGGUAUUCCCCACCAUUCUAGGUUUGUCCCUUUAUCUUCCUCUUCUGGGAAGUUAUCCACGGUGGCCUCAGCCCUCACCUUGGCAAAUGACACCCAGAACUCUCCAGCUCAGAUGCCAGCUGAGGGAUUUCCAAACUGUCCUUCAGACACCCCUGUCUAUCUGGCCCUACACAUUGUCAUACAGCAUGUCCAAGACUCAUCGUCAUCUCCAAACCUCUCACUCAAUCCUCCUCUGUAUUCCCUCUUGAUCAACCCUCUUGCCCAGGCCAGAAACUGAGUCAUGCAGCAUCCUUCCUGUCACACAAUGAACCAAGUCCUUCUGUUCUAUUUUAACAUCACUGUCAAAUCCACACCCUUCUUCAUGCCCAGCACUGCCACCUAAAUGUAUGCUCCUCAUUUCCUGGAUUACCCAGAAACCCACCUCAUCCUUUUUCCUUUGCCCUCCUCCCUGAAGGCAGGUAGAUCCUCCCCAAAUACUAACUUACUUCUGACAGCCUGUAUUUCAGAUCUGUAGUAUUUCCUUCCUUAAGCAUCAGCCCUGGGCCCAGGGGCCUUGGCUUUGGGUACACAGAAGUGCAGCACUCUGUCUACUCUCUAGGCUUAUGCCUGUCACAUCACAUACACACACCAGCCUUGGAGAAAUCGCCCACAGGCCCCAAGUGCUGUAUGCCUUUGUCCAGUGCAAAGAUGCCUUCUUCAUGGAUUACACUUUUCCUUCCUCUCCACUACCUGCCUGGCUGGUUCUUACUCAUCCUCAGGACUCAGUUCAAGUGCAGCCUUCUGGAAGCCGUUCCCGAUCCCUUGCCACACUGCAUACAUUUUGAUGCCCUGGGAAUCCCCUUGUUUCUCUCAUAGCAAUAGCCUCCUGUGACUUGUUCCAUCACAACCUGUCUUUCUGUUUGAAAACAAUGUUCAAGAAUUGUGAGUUCCCUGAUAUCAGGAGAUGGCCCUUUUCAUAGCACUGCUAAGCCUCAGUAAAUGAGUCAACAAAAAUGA